AGGGAACUCAAGUAUUUUUUUGUUCUUCGUGAGGGGGUUCAGGUUGCCUCGACUCUCGAAGUAGACGGUUGAGUUGAUGUGCUUGCCUCUCUUCUAGCGCUUUGAGUUGCAAUGCUUCGAACCCUUCGAUGAUGCCUUGCCGUAUGUGCCGGAUGGUUCCAUAUCGUUGGUUGUUGAGCUUGACAGAGGCUCUUUCCUUUUGCCCUGGUAGUCUAGUGAUUUUGAAGGUACUUCGGUUCUCGUUGUGACUGGCUCCGACUGCUGGUUCAACUGCAUCUGCCUCUGCUCAAGACUCUCCAGCUGUUCACUCAAGACACGUCUCUGCCGCUCCAACGAGGUUCUCAUGCACCCAUUGCAGCUCCAGUCAUGGUACUGGAUACUAUCAUCGACGUUAACACAUCCAUAGUGGAACCACGCGUCACAGUCGUCACACUGCAUCAUACGGCUAGUAUCUACUCGACGACACGUACCCCUCUUUACCAGGUGCAUAACUUUUUCUUCGAGAAUUCUUCCCGGCACUCGCUACGCUACCGUUUGACAUCCGGAAAUUAGAGUUAGAGGUGUGUUCACAGUUUGCGAAACAACCAUGUAGAUCCCCAUUUUGCUAAUCCAGUCGACAUCCAACCAUUAAACAUGACCCAUGAGUUACGUUACCACCGUUACGAUUAUAAUUUGAAUAUUUGAAUGUUCGAUUUACAUCGCGCGUUUAAAAUUUUAUUGUGUAUUAUUGUAUCAACGAUUACAUUAUGUUAUUACAUUUUUUGUUCCACACCGAAACAGAUGUUGGAUGGAGAAUGCUUUAAAAAAAAUCUUUGUCAGCUAGGUACAUCAGCAAAAAAAGGUGAGGUCCGGAAUCACUUUAUCGAGGUCUUAAAUUCAUGUUAAAGGCAUGUACAUUAUAAAGCAUUUUCAUGGCCAUUUCUGUUAUGCUUGCUCAAUAAAUACGUCAUAUGGACUGAGGAAGUAUGCUGCGAGCAGCCUAAUAUAGACAACAAGACAAGUACGAUAAGGCACAUAAUUAAUGACCACUUCUGUUCUACGCUUGUUUCAUUUCUGCCAAUAAACCGCAUUAAGUAGGAGGUGUCAACAUCACGUUGUUUCCCAGUACCUUAUUACAUGGUAGCCAAGGCCACACAUUUUGAUUCGAUCGUCGAUCGCAUUUCUUCCGAAACGCAUUAGACCGUUGCAUCGCCUGCACACAGUGCACGCUUUGCUUCCCCACAAGGCAAAGGAAACGAGUGUAGCUCGGUUUGCGAAAUCCAGAAUCAUAGGUAUGCUCCAUGCUUUUAAUCGUGAAGAAUGCUGCUAAUAAAUCAGCUUGUAUCGGUUAGUGAGUGGAAGUAAUGGUGGCUUGUGAACCUGCGACUGGAAAUUCGAGGCACACCCGUUCUAGGUUGGAAAUGAAACGUUCAUUAGUUUUUCCGCGCGCGAUCAGUUCACAUGUGUUUCCAAUAAAAAUAUCAUCGGGUUGAGAAUAAAAAACGAAAUUAAAGAUCAUUAGAAACAAUCGAUCUUUCUAUGAGAUCUGUGAUUAAAGUACUUCUGAAUGUAGACUUAUGCAACGAAAAGUGCUGGUGAUAUUCGUUCACGAAAAAUGUGCAAUUAAGAAAACACCAAAACGUAUUGCAGAACUAUACGAAGAAAACGAUCGCGUGGAAUCAUCAUUGUAGAACCAUUUUUUCAACAUGUUGCUGGCAUUCUUCGCGUUCAGUGCUCCCCUCGUCGUCCUGCUCAUAUGGUUGCAGUUCCGUUACUGGACCCGUUGUGGCGUACCCCAGCUGGAUCCGUCGUUUCCAUUCGGAAACUUCAGUGAGUUCUUCUGCCAGAAAAACGGUAUCCCGUCCACGUACGCCAAUCUUUACCACCGGACCAAACAUCUGCCGUACGUGGGAAUUUACCUAUCGUUGCGUCCGGCUUUGCUCAUCAACGAUCCGGAUCUGGUGAAGAACAUCCUGACGCGGGAUUUUGAAUACUUCCAUGAUCGAGGAAUCCACGUGGAUGAAGAGACCGAUCCCAUGAGCGGUCAUCUCUUUGCUCUCGGUGGUGUCAAGUGGAAGAACCUGCGCGCAAAAUUGACCCCCACGUUCAGUUCCGGCAGUUUGAAGGAAAUGUUCCCGCUGUUGGUAGAAAAGGCGACAAUUUUACAAAAACGAUUCUUGAAGGAGCUGGCUUCGUCGGAGAUCGUUGAGGUAAAGGAACUAGCCGCUUGCUAUACGUCUGAUGUGAUCGCUUCGGUUGCGUACGGGAUCGAUAUGGACUCCAUCAACAAUCAAGACGAUCUUUUCCGACGGAUGGGAGAGAGGGUGCUGGCCCAUGAUCUGAUUACUUCGCUCCGUUUGGCUUUGGCUUUCUGGUUUCCAAAGCUGAAAGUGAUGCUCGGAAGUAAAUCAAUAGCACCGGUUAUUCAAGAAUUCAUGACCGAAUUGGUGCGGAAGACGAUAGAACAUCGGGAAAAGGAGGGUAUUCAACGGAAGGACAUGAUGCAGCUGUUGCUUCAGUUGCGCAAUGGCGUAACUUUGAAGCGAAACGGCGAACAGUGGGCCACGGAUUCGACCCCUAAGAACACAAUUAAAAGCUUAUCCAUUGACGAAGUGACUGCCCAGGUGAUGGUUUUCUUUGUAGCUGGCUACGAAACCUCGUCAUCGACCGUGUCGUUCUGCCUUUUCGAGCUCGCUCGAAAUCAAGACAUCCAGGCAAAGGUUCAUCAGGAAAUUGAUUCCGUGCUCUCUCAGCAUGACGAUGUCAUUACCUACGCCAGUCUUGCAUCGAUGAAAUAUCUGGAACAGUGCCUGGAGGAAACCGUCCGAAAGUAUCCACCGGUGGCAAUUCUUAAUCGGGAGUGCACCAAAACCUAUCGCAUUCCCGAUACGGAGGUGGUCAUUGAGAAGGGAACCCCCAUCGUGAUACCUCUGAUGGGAAUGCACCGCGAUCCGCAAUAUUUCCCCCAACCGAACGAGUUUCGACCGGAGCGAUUUGAGGGCGGAGACCCGAACAAGGCGUACUUCGGCUUCGGGGCGGGGCCACGGCUUUGCAUAGGGAUGCGAUUGGGAAUGCUGCAAUCGAAGGUGGCGGUCGUGACGUUGCUCAGAUCGUUCAGUUUCAGUUUGGCCAACCAGCAGGAAUACGACGAGGAACUGCGGAUGAAGCCGAGGUCGUUUAUUCUGACGACUGAGGGCGGUAUUCAGCUGGUUGUGCGGCAUCGAAAUGUCAGUGGUGCGUAACAUAGAGAUAUCGUUGAUUUCUAGACUUAGUGACCCAAUGUGAUAUGUCGAUUUCAAUAAAUGAGUUGAAGUUUUGUUGCAGUGU